CCUUCUCCUUUCUUUCCUUUGAAUAUAUUUUUAUCUCUAAAAUUCCCAUUCCUUCGUCAAAAAGGCAGUUCUCGGAUCAAAAAUCAAUUAUUCAACUUUAUUUCCUCACCGAUCAAAUUACUGAUCUUCGACUCUAAUUCUGAUAAUCAGGAUCUGGAUUUUUAAUCCAUUUUUUGGAUCAGAUCUAUAAAUUAUGGGAGGUUUCAUAUCGAGAUUCUGGUUCAUGAUGUUUCCAGCAAAAGAGUAUAAGAUCGUUGUAGUUGGAUUGGAUAACGCUGGUAAAACGACGACGCUUUACAAGUUGCAUUUAGGAGAGGUGGUUACUACAAAUCCUACUGUUGGUAGUAAUGUUGAGGAGCUUGUUUAUAAGAACAUACGAUUUGAGGUCUGGGAUCUAGGUGGGCAAGAAAGACUGAGGACAUCAUGGGCAACUUACUAUCGCGGAACUCAUGCUGUUAUCGUAGUUAUCGAUAGUACUGACAGAGCCCGGAUUUCCAUUAUGAAGGACGAGUUGUUCAGGUUGCUCCCACACGAGGAUCUGCAAAGUGCGGUUCUACUAGUCUUUGCGAACAAACAGGACCUUAAAGAUGCCAUGACCCCUGCAGAGAUAACCGAUGCGCUUUCCCUUCAUAGCAUCAAGAACCAUGAUUGGCAUAUUCAAGCCUGCAGUGCCUUGACUGGUGACGGUUUAUACGAUGGUUUAGGGUGGAUUGCACAGCGAGUUCCUGGUAAAUCACCAACCUAGACGUCGUUAGACGAAGGAAUAUGUCUUUUUUAUGUUUUCACGAGAUUAAUAUCAAACUCCAUGCCCAUGAUGUAAGUUUUUAUGUCAUGUAUUUGAUACUGUCAUAUUGCAUUUCCUUGAAGACCUA